UGCAACCCAAUUAUAUAACUUCUAAUUUUUAAGUACUUAAGUUCUUGUUAUUUAUCCAUUUCUGAAUGAUCAUUCAUUAUUCAUUAAUCACCCAUGUCUAGUUUUGUUUGGUUCCCUUCAUGUUUCCGACGAGUCGGGUCCAGACUGCCUUAUGCAACCACAUGGACCGUUCUUUUGAUCGUUACCGUGGUGUUGACGUCGUUGGCACCCGGUGUGGCCUUUAUGUUUGCAGUAUCUCAAUCAUCAAAGCCUUGUCAUCAUCAUGAAUUUGUGAGGAUUCCUUUUGAUUCUCCGACGGAGAUGGUUUGCUUGCCGGAACAUGUGGUGGUUAGCACCUCCCACUUUGAUUUCUUCUUGCCCACGUUGUUUGCUGCUUUGGUUGUUUUUACUUCAACUUGCUUGCUUCGUUCUGUGCUAUCUGAAUGAUGUAGUAAAUUUAUUUAUUGAUUCAUAAUUUUGUCUUUUUUUUUUUUUUUUUUUUUUUUUUUUUUAAACUAUACCCAUCUCUCUUUGCAAUUUCAAGGGGAAGUAGACUCACAUAAUUUAGAGUUUAGCGAGAUAUAAGUAAUGUUUGAUUAACGAUUGAUUGUUAAUGUUAUACUUUGAAUUUCGCAUACAUUAUAGUAUUGAAUUCAUUCACAUACCAUGAUGAAAUCAAUAAAGAUGUUACUUUACCGUGAAGUUAGAAACUUUUCGAGAUUUUGGUAAUUUUAGUUUUUGUUUCUGGUUAUCCAACA